ACAGGCUUGCAGGAUUUGGAAGUUAGCAUUUUGUUUGCACAAAGAGGAACAGGACACUGGGUCAAUAUUUCAGGUUAUGGAUUAACCAGAAUGUGAUCCACCAUUUAUGGCUGAAAGCGAAGUCCUGAAUAAAUAGGUGGAAACCUACAAAUCUCAAAAGGUUCGGUUACCUCAAGAGCCUUAAGACGCUUUUUGGAUUGAUGUAAAGAUGAAUCAUUCACUUUAUUGGAAUAUUUUGUGGUUGGUUAUCCUGGGUAUUAUCCCACAGUGUUGUACAAGAUCAAUCUUUUUUAAUAGACAAGAUGCAAAUCGGGUGCUAAAGAUUCAGAAACGUGCAAAUUACGGUCUGGAGGAACUCAGACCGGGCAACCUAGAACGAGAAUGCUACGAAGAGAAAUGUGAUCUUGAGGAGGCCAAUGAGAUCUUUGAGACUCGGGAACAGACUCUCAACUUCUGGUCAGUUUACUUUGAUGGAGAUCAGUGUCUCUCAAACCCUUGUACAAAUGGUGACUGCAAAGAUGGAAUAGGGAGAUUUGACUGUAUCUGUUCCCAAGGCUGGGAAGGUAAACUGUGCUCUCAUGAGGUUGAGCAUUUCAACUGCUCCGUCAAUAAUGGAGGCUGCACCCACUUCUGUACAGAGAAGGAGAACAGUACCUUUCGUAUCUGUAGCUGUGCUUUAGGGUACAAGCUAGAUGAUGACUUUCGUAGUUGUAAACCAGCUGUGGAAUUUCCUUGUGGCAAAAUGAAAAUCUUCAACUCUGACUAUUCAGCUCGUCUGACUGGAGCAAAGAAAGGAAGAAAAGGAGAUAGCCCUUGGCAGGCCAUCCUAUUUAAUGACAUGAAGUUUCAAUGCGGCGGAGUUCUGAUUCGCCCAUCAUGGGUUCUAACUGCAGCCCAUUGUUUAAGACAGCCUGGAAAAUACGUUGUCCGGCUCGGUGAAUAUAAUCGUCGGUGCCUGGAAGAUACCGAGCAGCAAAUACGUGUAAAUAAAAUCAUUACCCAUCCUAAAUUCAACGCUGAGACUGUAGAUAAUGAUAUUGCGCUAUUACACCUAAUCCAGCCGGCUGUCUAUAACAAGUAUGUGUUGCCCAUUUGUCUACCAAGUUAUGGACUUGCUGAAAGAAACCUCACACUUGAAGGAACAGAGACCAUUGUCACUGGCUGGGGGAAUCAAGACGAAUCACAACGCAACCGAUCUCAAAUUCUCAGCUACAUACAGAUUCCUAUAGUACCUCACCAGAAUUGUUCUAAGGUCAUGCAAAACCGUAUAUCUAAUAAUAUGUUAUGUGCAGGAAAAUUGGGGGACAAUCAAGAUGCUUGUUCUGGAGACAGUGGGGGACCCAUGGUCACUCAGUUUGGAGAUACAUGGUUUCUUAUAGGAUUAGUGAGCUGGGGAGAGGGAUGUGGGAGGCUAGAUAAUUUCGGAGUAUAUACCAAGGUUAAUAACUAUCUUCACUGGAUACGUGAGCAAAUGACAAACUAUGAGGCAGAAGAAAAGAAAACAAAGUCACGUGCAGCUAAGUCACGACAAACCUGAGAUCUGAAGAUUCCCUGUAAUCUGUCAUCAUAGUAAAUGUGGUCUUGAAUUAAUCAUUUAA